AGUAAGUGGGAGAUGACAGAGCCAACGCACUGCCUGUGUUAGGGGAGCAACAAAACCCCGAUAGCGAUAUAAAUUAUUGGAACAGUGCUCAUCUGGGGAACUGCAGACAGACAAAGCAGCUCUGAGGAAAUGCAUCCCUGUCAACAAACGUUUGUUUCAGCUGAGGCUUGAAUAACAGCAAAAUGAAAAGCAGAGUAAUCUGGUGAGGGGAAAAUGGACUGCAGCCACUUGUAAGGAAGAGGUUUAUCAUUCUGCCCAGAGGCUGAACCAGCAAAGACAGCAAAGCCAAUGUGAUUCAUACAGUGAAGAUAGUGGCAAUUACCACCAACUUGGUCACGUUUUGCCUUGAACAGCUGAAACCACUAGGUGAAAAUGACACAGCAAAUGCAGAAUUUAAGUCUCCUCCAGAGUAAAAAGAACAGUAUGCCAUCUUCUCCAAAUGCUGCAAAGCGACUGUAUCGGAACCUGUCAGAGAAGCUGAAGGGGAGCCACACGUCCUUUGAUGAAGCGUAUUUCCGAGCGCGCUCAGACCGGCUCAGUCUCCGUAAGACCUCGAUGAAUUUCCAAUGCAAUGAAGCUAUGUUUGAGGCCGUAGAACAGCAAGAUCUGGAUGCUGUUCAGAUUCUUCUCUAUCAAUACACACCAGAGGAACUGGACCUGAAUACUCCAAACAGUGAAGGACUUACUCCUUUGGAUAUUGCUGUUUUAACUAACAACAUCCCUAUUGCUAGGACUCUUCUACAUGUUGGGGCAAAAGAAAGCCCACACUUUGUUAACAUGGAAAGCAGGUCAGUGCAUCUGUGUACAUUGGUCCAGGAAGCACAGCAGCGAGUUACUGAAUUGUCUGCACAAGUGAUGAAUGAAGGCCUUGGUACAGACAACACAGAAAAAGAGAAGCAACUAAAAGCAUGGGAAUGGAGAUACAGGCUAUACAAGCGCAUGAAGGCAGGCUACGAGCAUGCUAGAGCCCCUGAGGCGCCAACCAAUGUCUGUCUCAUGGUAACAAGCAGUACAUCACUCACUGUCACCUUCCAAGAACCUCUGAGUGUCAACUCAGCUGUGGUGACCAAGUAUAAAGUGGAAUGGAGUUGUUCAGAAGACUUUUCUCCUUUGGUUGGUGAAAUAAUCCUGGAUAAUCUUCAGUCUUUGAGAUGCACCAUCACAGGUCUCAGAACAGGCCAGAGGUAUUACAUUCAUGUUUCAGCAUACAAUAUGAGAGGAUGGGGACCUCCACGAAGAUCUACUCCUGCAUUUGCUUCUCCUUCAAACUGGAAAGACUGCAGUGGAAGAGAGCCUCGGCACAGGGGACAUAGUGAGGCCCUGGAACGUCUCCUUCAGCAGGUUCGAGCAGCUCAUCAGCAUUAUAAUUGCAGAGAAAGUUCCAAAUUACAGAACACUGGCCGCAAGCAGUCUGUCUCCAGAAGCCUGAAGCACCUUUUUCAUUCAUCAAACAAGUUUGUGAAGACUCUGAAACGGGGACUCUACUUAUCUGUCAUAUUUUUUUACAAAGACAAUCUGUUGGUAACCAAUGAAGAUCAGAUCCCAAUUGUGGAAAUUGAUGACUCUCACAGUAGUUCAAUUAUGCAGGAUUUCCUGUGGUUCACAAAGUUGUCUUGUAUGUGGGAUGACAUCAGAUGGCUGAGGCAGAAUAUGUCUGUAUCCAUCUCCUCAUCAACAACACUUCAAGCCAGGCAAAAGAUGCUUUCUGCAGCAGCACAGCUCCAGAACUUGCUGGGAACUCACAACCUCGGCAGAGUUUUUUAUGAGCCAAUCAAGGAUCGGCAUGGCAAUGUAUUGAUUGUUACUAUAAGAGAAGUGGAGAGUCUUUAUUCAUUUUUUAAUGGCAAAUGGAUGCAGGUAUCCAAACUACAAAGCCAGAGGAAAUCCCUUUCAACGCCAGAGGAGCCAACAGCAUUAGACAUUUUGCUUAUAACAAUCCAGGACAUACUCUCCUAUCACAAAAGAAGUCAGCAACGCCUCCCUCCUGGAUUGUAUCUGGGUUACCUUAAACUCUGCAGUUCUGUGGAUCAAAUCAAAGUCCUUGUGUUGCAGAAGUUGCCUAAUGUCCUCUGUCAUGUCAAAAUCCGAGACAACAGCAAUGUCUCCAGAGAUGAGUGGGAAUGGAUCCAAACACUUUCUGGCUCAGAAUCUGUGGAAAGUAUGGAUCAUACUUCAGACUGCCCUACUCAAUUGUUCUUGUAUGAGCUCCAGAUGGCAGUGAAAGCUCUCCUUAAACAGAUCAAUCUACCUCUGCAUCAGGCUAAGCACUUCCGUCUGUAUACACAGGAGGUGUUGGAACUGGGUCACAAUGUCUCCUUUCUUCUCCUGCUCCCCGCCUCAGACGACGUCUGCACUGCCCCAGGACAGAAUAAUCCUUACACCCCACACUCAGGAUUUCUUAACCUCCCUCUUCAGAUGUUUGAACUCGUUCAUUUUUGCUGUUACAAGGAAAAAUUUAUAAGCCUGUAUUGCCGCCUUUCUGCUGUCAUAGAGCUGGACUCUCUGAAAACCCAGCAGUCCCUGAGGGAAGCAAUUUCAGACAGUGAAGUCGCUGCAGCCAAACAAAGACACCAGCAAGUUAUGGACUGCAUACAGCAAGUUGAUGAGAUCUGGAGGGAAAUGAGAUGGAUCACAGAAGCACUGCAGUACGCAAGGUACAAGCAGCCUGCAGCUGGGCUACCAAUAAAGAAACUUGUGAAUCUUUCAGAAGAACACUCUCAAAAGAAAGUCAGUUCAACAUCUUCACAUCUAGAUUGUCUUCCCUCACCUCCUUCCUCACCUGAGGCUAGAAGUCAGAGGAGAAAAGCUGUAAGCGAUUCCCAGCCCUGCUCAGAUGAAGAAGGCUGUUCAGAAGUAUUCCUUCCGACUGACAGUGACUAUGAUUCCAGUGAUGCAUUAAGCCCCAGAGAAUUAGACUUGAUUUACUCCUCCCCACACGACAUAUCCCAGCAGGCAGGCAGUGGCCUGGGCGGUAGUGCCCCUGAUGUUCUCCAAGUCCACGACAUGAAGCCUUGCCUAACACUGAAAGAAGGCCUGACAGAGUGUAGUGCCUUUGAUUCUAAUGCUGAAUAUUGCACAGAGGAUAUGAGCAAUCUAACGAUGUCAGGGAUCACAUCAAAAAGCAUAGACAAGUCCUCUAGCUCCAGGCAGCCAUUGAGCUUUUUAGGGAAAAAGAGACUAGGGAAACAUCAGCAUUACAACUACUUCAGCAAGCAUCAUCGUUGGCUGCGUGUGCACAGCGAGACACAGUCUGCCUCUCUGUCUGAAGGUGUGUAUACUCAGCAUCUCAUGAGAUCUUCAGAUUUAUCUCAAGAACCUACCUCCAGUGAGCAGUCACAGCUUCCCAUCGGUGAGUCACGGAGCACUUUCUUACCUCAUGCAUCCAGCCUUCCAGAAGAUGGAAAAGGCAAGUAUGAGGAAUCGAGGCAAAAUGUCCAUAGGAUACACGUGGAACCUUAUAAAACAACAUUUCUGAGUGAAGAGGGCAAAUCCUGGGCAAUGAGCAUGCAGUCUGUAGAAAAUGAGGAUGUGCACAGUGCUAUGCAACAGAAAAUGGGUUCAGAUGAUGCUGUGGGUUCUGCUGUCUCAGAAGUAUUCAGCAGUACACUGUAACUCCAAACUUCUGCUUUGCUUCCCAUUGCUCCACAAGGAGGUAGUGAGCAUUAUGCAUAUAGGGCCAUACUUUCAAAACUACUUUUGGAAGUCCAGCUCCUGAAAUGACAACUUGUGUCACUCAGAAGAAUCCUAAUCGUUUGACUCCAUCGCCACAUUCCCAGUCUUACAGCAGUAGCUGCCAUGAUGCAAGCAGUAUUACUUGUACCAGCAGUUUUGCAAGGAGGGUCGCACAUAACGGGACGCUUUGUGGCUGCAAAUCCAGUGAUCAGUCUUUGCAGUUGUCUUAAUUUCCAGAUAUCUCUAAGCAUGCAAAAUUUUAAGCAUGAGUGGUUCUGACUGCAAUGUAGCAGAAAUUGUACCAUCCUUGGUGUCCUCACGUUAGGACUGUGUCCUAAGCCUCUAUGAACCUGUUCUCCAGCAUCUCCAAUGCAUUUUUCUUCUUCUCAGCCCUUUUGAAUGGAUUAAGGUUGCAUGUCACUGAAGUGCUAACUGAUUUAGUAACAGUUAUCCCACAGUGUCUAGCCACUAUAGAGAACCGAGCAUUCUUUCAGUAUCUGAAAAAUCCAGUCAUCAUUAACACUGCAUGCACAAUCUCUGAAUGUUGCCAGAGCCUGACAAAAUUAUCACAGCGUUUGAGGGUUUUUUCAGAAGCUCAGAUUUCAAAUGACAUGAGUAGCAGGUUAUUGUAAAGGCUUAAACAGGAGUCAACCUUUGAGGUCACAAGCAGACAGAAUGAGUCUAGUCUCUCCAGAAUGAAUAUACACAGGGUCUGAAUAGGAGUGAAGAGAAGCUUGGUCCUCUACCCACACACAAGUGUGCAUUUCUUUAUGCAGAGACUCUCAAACAUCCACUGGAAAAAAAUGCACCUACUUUUGUUCCUGACUUUUCAGUGUAUAUUCAGGGGUAUCUGAUCACUAUGUCUGAAAUUGGGAUAUUCUGGCAAUUGCCAUUAGGGAAAUUUGGGGGUGCAGUUUAAAGUUGCAGUGUUUUGUUUGUGUCACCAAUAAACAUUGGCAUCCUUAGAAGAGUGCAAAGCGGUGUUAGCUAACAAAAGAGUGUUAGCAUGCUGUAUUUGUCUAAAGGCAGAUCACAACUUUGUCUUUUGCAACCAGAAUAAGACUUAGAGUACUCCAGAAGAUGAUCUCAACAAAGACAUCUGUAUUAAUGAGAACCAUAACAUCUGAGUCACUGAGAAAUGAACUAAUGUGAAGAGAAACCCCAGCUGUUGCACAAGCUUUAAUUUUUCUUAUACAGUUCUUGAAGUUUAAUUUUAUGGGCCACAUUCCUGCUGGUUAAAUUCCCUCACUCCAUGUUGGCGCAGCCUUCUACCCUUCAAUUUUUCAGCCUCCAGGUGGAUACAUUCUAAGGCCUCCAAUAAAGAGAUUUGAGUUAAAUAGUUGAGUUUACAAGUCCUUGAGGUGAAGGUAAGGAUUUGGGCCCAUGAUCUGUGGUCCUUAUUAAAAUAGCACUUCCAUAACCCCAGUGCUAUUAAAAUCCCUGUGAACUCAAUCCAUAAAUUCAAAAAUAAAUGUUAUUCACUAUUUCAUGCUUGGUCAGUAUGCAGAAGCCAAAAAGAGCUUAAGCAGUGAUAUAAACGCAGAAACUUUCUAUAAGGCAUUUACAUUUGUAAUUUCUCUUUCUUGGGGGGAGAGGAAAGUUACCUUUUUGCACCAAUGAUAUUCAUAAUGUGAUCCAAUCCUCAGUGAGGAUGGAAACAUUUCCAUUCACUUCCAAAGGCUCCAAACAAGACCCAUACUGAAAAUUCCUGUGGGUGAGAAGAUGGGGGAGCAAAAGUCUCAGUGCCAAUUUGCAGCUAGAAGGACAUGCAUUGUAUGUUGUAUGCCACAUGAAAUUGCAUGGGGAAAACCUGACUCACACACCAUAGAACCAAACAGUGAUGUUUUACCAUUGCUGAAGGCAGCAACAGCUUGUUACAUUAGAUUAUGUUUGUUAGCAGAAGGCAGUUUGUCAGGGAGAGACAAUUUUCUAGAAUAAAGCAUCUAGCCCAGGCUCCCCUGACCUUUUCAGCCUCUGAGCAGAGCUGCUGUGUAACUGCUUACUGAAGUACAAAAACAACAGUAUGCUGAGGCUGUUUUUGUAAAAUGUGAUGAUACAAAACACGAUGAUAUUCCUAAAAUGAAACCCACCUUGCUUUGCUUUGGCUUUUCAGGACAAACAGAGCAGUGAGGGCACAAAGUAGCAAAACCUUCAGCAGAAGAACAGGUACACACUGCUGCACAGAUAAGGAUGGAAAAUCUCUUUUAUCCACUCCUUCUGCUGGGCUUUUCCAGAAGUAGUCAUGUGUCUAAUGAAGAUCUGAGAAGAAGGUUGACUGUUCCCUAAUUUUGCCUUCCUGUGUGUGCUAAGGCAGAAUUUGACUCUGGGAGUGCAAAUGCCAGCCAGAAUCUACUGCACCUUGAUUUUAAGUUUGCUAUAUGGAAGUGGUGCUUAUGUGACAUCCUGCAGGGCAUCCCUCCUUGAUCCCAUUGCCUCUAGACUGAGGUUCUUUCCCAACUGUAAAAGUCAAAAUAGUUCUGACUUUAAAUACUUCUGCUUAGAAAGCAGUUAUCUUUUGAAAGAAAUAUCUGUUCUUUGUUCUCAAUUGAUAUCCCAGAGAUAGAUAAAUAGUAGAAAGAGAUGCCUUUCAAGCAUAGUGGUAACACUGAUCAUAACACCUCUGUGGUUCUCGUAGGAAGAUCACUCACACGUUUCCCAAGCAACUACUGCGAUUCGAAGAAUCCUGAGAAACACAGCACUGUUACCUCACCUCAUAGAAGCACAGAAGCAUUGGGUGACUGUUCCGAGUCAACCUUAGAGUGAAGGCUCAGUAAGAAAUCAAAUUAAAAUUAAGAACGCAGACUGUUGCUUUCAUCACUGGGAGCCCUUUCUCCGGCUGGAGCGAGGGUCCUCAGAGGAUUCACACACAGACACAGGAAGUAUUGAGUUUCAUAGCCCAGCACAUUCUAGAAUCUCUUGAGUCUGUACCCACGUACAUCAGCUGAAGCUCAGAUCUGAAGUGGGUACUUAGGCUCUGCAAACUUCUGGAUAGCGUCUUCCUUAGCUAACAGCUUGGCACAGAACUUCUGUCCUGUGUUUUUCUGGGAGUUUAUUUUCUCCUAGGCUGAACCCAGCUCCUUCUAAUUUCCAGGCAUCACUUGGACUGGCCAGAAAAAACCAUACCUCUCUAACAUUAUGACCUCAAAAGAAACCAGUGGACCCUGUGCUCUAAAACAUUCCUGUUUCUGCUAAUAGAAUGCUAGAUAUAGGUGAACUGCAAGCUCUACACUAAUAAUUCUUUGCAUCUGCAAGAUGGACAGUUAGCUUGAAGAAACCUGUGGCUCAGAAGCAUUUAUCUCCUAUGCUUGUACAUUGUUUUGCUUUGCCUAGAUAUUAAUAAAUAAGUAGAUUUUCUACACAGUAAGGGCACAUACAGAGAAAUAUAUAAUUAAUAAUUCACUGGUGAAGCAUGAAUACUUUUAAAUACAAACAUUAAAGGGAGAGAAGGAGGAUGUAAUAUUACGUCCUGAACAUUUUAUAGUGUAUUGGAGAGACAUGAUGUAUCUUUACAUUUCUAAUAGAACAAAGAAGUGCAUUAAGUUGCUGGUCAACUCUUUUAAGGUGUUUAAACUCAUGGCUCAUGACUGUUACGUAAAACUUCAAUGGAGCCUUACUAACAACAAAGGUAUAGUGUAUCUGAAAAUACGGUACACAACUUGGAAACUUACUCUGAAUUUCGCUGAGGUGUUGAACUUUGCCAUCAGCAAGAAGUAUUUUUAGAAAGGAGACUGAAUUUUCAGGCAACAGAGACUUCAUCAAGGUGGGUGUCUAAUUUUUCCACUGCAGCAGAACAUAAAAUAGCUAGAAUACUUUAUUUGUAAGUAUAAUUUAUCUUUUGAUUCCGUGAAGGAGAAUUCAUAAGGCUAAAUCAUGUCAGAGAAGUAUGAAGCGGAGCUGUUGGCCAGAGAAUUCUGUGCAAAAAAGGGCACCAUUCCCCAAGGUGAGCUGAGGGCUGUACUCUGGAAACGUGCUUUGGACAGUAGUCUGGCCCCCUUUGUGCAGGCACAAACUACAGUUGUCUCUGCUGCUAAGUGUUCACAAAGUCAAUAGGAGCUUUUCUGUUGAUUUGAUGAGGCUUUGGAGCAGGCCCCACGUGCUGCUGCAAGCUGUAUAGAUCCUACUAGCACAGAGAUCAUCUCCUCUCCAUAUUGAUGUUGAUGAGCUCUUACCCAGCUGGCUGUCUCUCACACUGUGCGUUUGGGAUGAAAUAAGAGCUAUGCUAGAAUAUCUUCCUCAGCCUUUUUGUAAUAAAUCUUGGGCAAGAUUUAGCCUUUAAAACAGUCAUCCCAUAGUAGGGUAAAGUGUCAUUAAGCUUGUCUGUCACUAGGCUACAGAAAGCCUUCUAUUUUGCUAGUCAAAUAAUAGCAAGAGAUUUCUUAGGGUUUUUUGUUUGUUUCUUUUGUGUUUUUUUUAAGGUUGUAUGAAAUUGAUAUUAAAAAAAGGAAGUUACUGGUGUAGCACUAAUUACCUUCCAACUGUGAACUAUGGUAAUUUAUAUUUUAAGCUAAACGCACAGCCUUUUUGCGUUUUACUUUCAGUCUGGGCCCAAUCCUGCUUUCCUCGGCCCUCAUUCCUGGGCCUUUUGCACCAGUGCAAAUCACAGCAGUUCCACUCCGCUCAGCCAGCCGUGAGGUGGGCAGCGCCACGCGCCUGCAGGCGGCUCAGUGCCGGCCGAGGGCCUGGAUGCGUGCGGACACCGACAGCAGCACAGCUAGCUGGCGUAAAACCAAUGCGUGUAAGGAAGACAAAGGUUUUCCUCUCACAGAACGUUCCCCUGGAUGCCAACGGGGCUGUUGUCCAAGCAGGGGUCAGAGAUGGAGCCCACCCUGCUGCUGUGUGCUGCUGGGAGGGAAGCGUGCGGCAGAACGCGUUGCUGCGCUCCGAGAGAGGGACCGCAUUUCUCUCGUGCAUUAUGCAAAUGGAGCCGUGUUCACCGAGUGCUGCCGGAGUUCCCGUUGUUUCACUAAGGAAUGAAGGCUGUUCAGGGUUACGGGGAGCUGAGGGAGGCAGGAGGGGUUGUUUGCUUUUUUCCCCUCAGAGAAAAAGUAAUUUAAGUGAAAUGUGCAAGGCGGUGUUUAAUUGCUUCCUGCCUCGUUUGUACAUAGCAAUUUGGCUGUUUAUUGGUUGUCUUUGUUCAGAUUUUUAUUGUAACUUGUUGCUCUAUAUGCGACCAAGCGUAUGUUAAAGUUUAAACUUCGGUAUAUAAUAAUGCACAAUUUUAUGUGCUUUAAAACUUUGUAAAUAUGUGGAGGAACAAUGUAUGCUGCGCUAACUGUGAUCUUGGGACUUGACGCAACAAUAUUUUCAUGCAUAUGUACCUACAAAUGGUUUGAAAAUAGCAAAAUAUAUAUUGAGGAUGGCAAUGAGCCAAGAGUAAAUGAGUGCCGUAUGACUCAUGCUUCUUUAAUAAUUCCUGAAAGAGGCAUGUAUAGUACAUAAAAUAGACAAUAAAAAUAAUUUUCAAGACUACAAAUAUUUUUUAUAACUUCAGAUAUUAAAUACUAUUUUAGAAAAGAAGAUUGGUCGGUAAAAGAAGUCUUAGGUUUAUUCAAGUGAAUCAUUGUCAUAAAAAUGUUCUUAACAGAAUUUUUUGUUUGAUCUGCCAUCAUAGAAACCUGGCUCUUUUAAACUUCAGAAGACCUGGAGUGCUCUUGUGUUCUUACCGCUCCUGCGAUCUUCUGAAAUCAUGUCCUUCAAGUCUGCUCCCUCAAUAGCCAGAAAAGAUGCUAACCUGUGCAUUCACACCACCCUACACACCGUGUGUGCUCGAGCCCCUUUUGAAAUAGGCUCUGUGUGAUCAUCAUCAGGUAUCCAUGUAUGCCAGCGUUACAGUCAGUGCAGAUCCCACUGCAGUUUGUGUUCUUCUCUGAAUUAUUUUAUUUUCAUUGGAAAGGGAAUUUUUCUAAGGCCAAUCUUUCAAAUACAGUCUCCAAAUUUUUAUUAUGGUCUAUAUAGUCAGAAAUCUGCCAGACAGGGGCAUGGCUUCGAGUCUGUGUGUGAGAGUCAUCUCCCAGCAAAAACAGCAGCAAUUGAAAAUCGCGUUGCAUAAAUGUGCAUGCCUUAAUGCAGGUGUGAUAUCUGGGCAGUCAGAUUUGCAGGGCAUCUUUCCCAUCGGUGCAUUGCACCUGCAGAAGUUGCUGUCAUACAGGCACACCUCUGUGCAUCAGAGCAGUGACAGCACAGCCAUCGCAGGGCUGCACACCGGGCACGUUUACAGGGACAGCCAGGCAGAAGCCGCUGUGCAUUCCUGGUGUGAAUCUGUGCUUUCAAGCCAGGUUGUAAACACACUGCAUUGAGAGUACAUAUAAUCUGGUUGUAGUCGAGAAACACCCCAGAUAUUACCUACUGCAGGAAUUACCUUAUAAAGAGAAACACACUCUUCUGUUAUUAUUCUGUUUUUCACAUAUCCUUAUGUGAGGAAAAGAAAAGCACCACAAAAUUUCUCAUUUAGUAUAAAUCUGGGUUAGUGUAUUUAAGCAGGAGAAAUAAGAACAAGCCUGUUUCGAAUGCUGAAGGGAAAUUGGAGGGAUUCUGCUUUGGGUUUGCCUUGUUUCAGACAUGCACAGGUUGCUGAAUUUAUUUAGCUGCCAUUCUGAGCCUCCUGACACCUCCUGCACUCUCUGCCUUCUGUACAGAUAAUGGCAGAAUUGGAAUAAGUGCCAUGGCCAAGGUCACAGAGAGCUUGUGACAGAGCAGGGACACCAUGUUCUGCCUAGCAUCCUUACCACAUCAUCCGUGCACAGGUAUAUAUGGGAAUGUAAGUGAUGGUGGAUGUUUGCAUUUCAGCCAUGACAUGCCAAGUCAGUGCCUCCAACUGGAAUAUCUGUGGGUACUUUCACACAUGGAAAAUAUCUUAACCAAAAUGCAGCCCAAGUGGAGUUCGAUAAUGGAGCAAAGUAACUCUUACAAUGUUGGUCACUUCUGCUGCCUUGAUUUUUCAUUUCAAAACAUUGUUACCACAUUUGCUAAGUUAGUGAAAAACAACCAACAUGCAGGUGUUGUGUGCAGUAACACUGAGAAAUUGAAUAGGAGAAACAGCACAAGGUAAAGAAGGGUUUCUUGUGUGCAUGUACUCACUUUGAUGCACUUUGCAUGUACCAUGCAUUUUUCUGGCCUGGUUGUUGACAUGUUUUGCUUGCCCAGAGCUAAGAGUUGUUCUUUACAUAAGAUAAGUAGGUGAACAGCUAAUUCCUACAGAGCUUUAUAACAAGUUUGCCAUGGGUUCCUAAAGGACAGUGCUGUUUUAUAACUGCCUCUGCUUUAUACGCUGCUUUACUGAAAUGCUUAUAAGCCAACUGGAAAGAAGGCAGCAAACUCUUACAGGCAUGUUUUUCACUUGUUCUUCUGACAGCAAAAGAUCACCAUCUUGUUCCAUUCCAGUGUGUUAACUUAUAUGAACUGUCAUCUCUCCGAACAAACUAUUAAUGUAUUUUUUAAUUCUGCCUUUAAAUAAAUAUUUGGGGUUUGAUUUGUGUUUGUUUGUUUGUUUAGCAAAUACACAAAAAACCGUUACAAAUAACCUCCUCCAAUCUCUCUCCCAAGGAGUUUUCAGACUCUCCUUUCAAACCAUCACGUGCUCAUUUCAAAAGGAGUUGCUUGAAAUACUUAUUUUUUCUUAGUUUCUAUUUUAUUUAUAAAUAUUAAUUAAUUAGCUCUAAUUAACCAGCAGGACUUCUGCUUCUUAUCUGUGCAAAUGCAUGUAAUUAUUGUGAUUUUCAAGUACGUUUUUAUUAUAGCAAACGUGCAGGACAAAAAUCAAGUUGAAUUCUCCUCUCUGCUACUCUGCUACUCACCUGCUACUACUUACAGGGUAAAAAGCACUGAACUGAACAGCAACUUCUGAGCUUUAUAAGCUAAUAUUAAAGUACAUUUAAAGACAAGACAGCCUUUUUCUACCCGUACAUGUUAAUGCUUUCUCUUGGAAACAUCCAAAGAAAAUCUUUGAAUUUGGUGAGGUGGGCGUUCUUGUGACUGAAACAGUGUGAUAUUUCCAACAAGAUUUAUUUCAGCCAACCAAAUUUGACUUCUUAAAAACAAAAAAAAAGGCAAUGCCAGCAUGGUGUUUGUCAGCACUGUUUGUAAUCCCUGUGAAAAUACAAGAGCAAAACCUCUCCAGUGUGGGUGCCUUCAUUAACAGACCCACAAGAGGUGGCUGACCUGAAUCCCACCCGUCAGACAUGCUGACUUCUGCCACUGCUGCUGCUUCGCGGGUGCCUGGAGCACUGCUCACUGCUGACCGUCAGUGCUUACACCAGUCACACACACACAGCAGCGUGGCUCUGCCUCCCCUCAGCUGUGACAUUUCUGGUGAUUUUGCCACUUAGAUGGAGUUUCUUCGUGCGAACCUGCGUGGCCUUUACCUUUUCCCAUACUGCUUUAAAAAUGCUUGAGAAAUGAAAAUGUCACCUUUUUGCUUGUCAAUUUUUUCCCCCUGAAGGGGUGACAGAACGGAGCUAAACCAGGACCCGGGCUCGAAUAGCUGCAUAUGUAUUCUCGUGGCGACGCAGGCUGUGAACCCAGCCCCACAACAAGGCUGUUCCCAUCCUUCCUCGGGGCACACUCGCUCCUUCCCGCCGUGUGCCCUGUGGGCUCGCUCUCAUCCCCCUCUCUUCCUCCGCUCUGAGUCACAGGAGCAGCAGCCCUGCCUGCUCCGACCAGUCAGUGCCUCAGCUGUUCGGGUAAAGCCCACGCUCCCGCGGGACUCACGUUUGAGUACAACCCCAGGAUUGUCAGGGCUCUGGCUGGCAGUGCUGCCGAGGGGACAGUCUAAGGCUCUAUUUUAAUCUUCUGGAGCCCAGCCAAGCACUGGAACGGAGCUGCCGGCACGAGGGGGGCCCUCCUGCUCACUGCGCCUGACCUCCCAUCAGGAGAGGUGCUGCUGUGUUCCUUCUCAAACUGCUAGGGCCCUUUCAUUGCGCUGACCUCCCAUCACGAGUGCUACCAAGGAUCCAGCUUUGACUACUGGGGCUCAACCCUGGCUCCGCUCCAGCCCACGAGCCGCACGCUGCUCGUCUCCAGACGUACGAUCACCGCGGGGUUCUGCUGCAGCACCAUCCGCUGGCUGCGUCUCACUGAGCUGGACGUUCCCCCGCACAGUUCUCAGCUGUGACGUGUCAUUUCAUUUGGUUGGAAGCGUGCGACGAGCGCUCCUGUACGGGUUUGGUCCCAGCCUGAACGCACAGCGCCGGCAUCAGCUUGACAAGCACUGCACGCUCGGUGCUUUGCGCCCACGGGCAGCAAUAAGGCAAAGAUGGCACUGCGGUGCUCUGGGCGUGGAGGAGGUCCGUGCGCACCUCGCCCUGCCCGGCUGCUCAGCGCCACAGAGCGCUCUGCACUCGGGCCGCCUCUGCCGCUCAGGCAGCGC